AUGGAAAAUAAAAUUCAACCAAUGGUGAUAAGAAAUGGUAUUCAUCCUACUCAUUUAAUGUUUGCUGAUGACAUCUUCUUGUUUUGCAAUGGAGGUAAGAAAAGCAUUGAAAAUAUAAAGUCACUUUUAAUAGAAUACCAAGUUGCUUCUGGUCAAGUAUUUAAUGCUACAGAGAAAAAAUGCUUUGUAGAUGGUGCUUCUGAUACAAGAAAGAGACAGAUUGCAGAUUACUUUCAAAUGGAUAUUUCUUCUUUUCCUGACAAAUAUUUGGGAGUCUUCCUUGCUCAAGGUAAAAUGAAGUAUAUACAUAUUUGGCAUUUAGUUGAUUAUAUGCAUCUUAGACUAGCAUCUUGGAGUGGUAACCUUUUAAACUUUCAAGCUAGACUCAUCUUAGUAAAUCAUGUUCUUAGUAGUAUUUCUAUAUAUAAUCUAUCCAUUUAUAAAUGGCCUAGAAAAGUUUUAGAAGCUUCUGAAAAAGUGAUUAGGAACUACUUAUGUACUGGCAAUGCUGAAGAAAGGAAAUGUGUUACUUUAAAGUGGGACAAUGUCUGUACUUCUAAAGAAGAAGGAGGUCUUGGUAUCAGAAAGUUUGAAGAUAUGAAUAAAGCACUCUUAAUGAAAUUACUAUGGAAAAUUCUUCACUGUCAGGAUGAAUGGGCCAAUUUCUUUCUUGCAAAAUAUAUGGAUAAAAAUGGAAAAUGUAUUACUUUCUACAGAAAAUCCUCUAUUUGGAAUGGUAUUAAAUGGUUCCUUCCUGAAUUCAUUGACAAUACUAGAUGGAUAGUUGGCAAUGGUUUAAAAAUAUCUUUAUGGAAUGACAGAUGGAUUUUUGAUGAACCAAUUUGCAAGUUAUUCCCUAAUCAUCCUUAUAUUCCAUUGCAUCUUCACUUAAAAGUUAAAGAUCUGAUUGUUGAUAAUCAGUGGUGUUUCCAUGAAGACUUUCUUCAAUUUUUCAAUAUUGAUCAGUUGCCUGCUCUGAAAGAAGGUGAAGAUUUACUUAUCUGGAGUAACAGUCAUUCUGGGGUAUUCACAGUUUCUGAUGCUGUAAAUAAAAUUAGAAUACACCACCCCAAAUUGCACUGGUAUAAAAAAAUCUGA